AUGUCCACCAGUCGCCGGCGUCAGAACAGCACAGUCAGCUCCUCCUCUCGUGCCCUGCCACUCCAUACUCGUCAGAAGUCCAAGGCGAAUCCCGCGCCCAAGUCGGCCCACGUAGCCGACCCUUUCCUCCAGAGCUUUCUCGGCCCUACCUUUAACCCAGCCGAAUAUCUGAACUCGACCUUGCCCUCCCUCCAGACGUCAUCGCGGAACAAUGACCCCUCAUCCGUGCCCCUCACCGAGCUCUCGGCCCAGACCCAGGCCCAGCUCUCGCAGCUCAACGCCCACACCACGCGCCUCACCAACACCCUGACACAAUUGACCGACGACAUUUUGCGCAACGGCAGCCGGCUCGCAUACGAAGUCGAGCUGCUGCGCGGUGAGACACUGGGCUUGUCCGAGGCGCUGACGGACACGCUGCAAGAUGAUAUCGUCAAAUUUGUACCCGGCGGGCUCCAAGAACAAGUCCCCGAGACGAAAGGCGCCAAUGCUGGUCUCUCACGAUCUGCGUCUACGAGUCAAAGGCGCACAUCAGGCACCAUCACCAUGCCCCCAUCCAUAACACCAGCUGAAGAGACUCCACCGACAGCAACGACCGACGACGUCGCGAAGAAUGUCACGGAUCCUGCUUUCAUCAGCCAAUUGCAGACCUUAACGCUCGUUCGCUCGCGCCUAGACACAGUAGUCAAGACGUUCGGCGAUGCCAUGGAGUUCGUGUUCCCACCCUCAGAGCUAUCCGUCAGCUCCUCGUUCCUGUCCGUAUCGGCGCCAGAGCCGGGCUCCCAGGACCGCAGCACGGAAGAGAAGGGGCAAAAAGUACUGAAAGAAUUACGGGAGGAGAUAUCGAGCCUAUUAAACUCGGGCUCCGAGCCCGUGGAAGGCAUAGAGAAGGCGGCUCGACGGAUCGAGGAGCUCAAAGAGCUGACGACCGUGUGGAAGGGCACGGCCGAGGAGAAGGGCCGCACCAAAUUCAUCGACAGCCUGGCUAAGAUGGUCGAGGAUAGACAUAGGGACCUCAUGCGCGAGAUAGAGCAGGCCGGGCGUCGCGAGGGGGCCACGGACGGAGACGUCGGGCACAAGAGGUCUACGACCGGUAGUCUGGACGUCACCAGCGAAAGCAGGGGUUUUGGCAUCAUGAGCCAGCUACAGAGAUUACGUACCGGCUUAUAA